GAGGGAUGGAGAGAGAACGGGUGGGGGAGAAAGAUAAAGAGUUAAACAUUGCCGUGUUCUGAACGUACUGCUCGACGUUACGCACGACCGGGAUCUCUCCGGCUAUACAUAUUCUUAAAAAAACACAGCCAGCGCACCACGCGAUUCUCACUCACGUGUAUAUGGCUUCAGUUGAGGAGUUGGACCAGGUCGACAGCGGCAUGGGCAGCAGUGACACAUGCUCUCCCGAGGUGAAGUCGCUCCUUCCCGAGGAAGGCGACGAAGAUGACGAGGAGGAUGAGAGCUUAUCAGAGAGAUUAUUGGGGCUCACAGAAAUGUUCCCUGAGCCUGUACGCAAAUUUGGAUAUAACUUUGGGACUUGUCUGUGCCAAUGUGUCAAAGGUUUAUAUGCAUUUUCCUGUUCAGCUACAUGGGUGAUUUUUAGCUCAUCCACCAUUCUCUUUGCACCGGUCAUCUUUGAGGUAGAACGUGCUCAAAUGGAAGACAUGCAACGCACGCAACAGAAGCAAGUUCUCUUAGGCCCUAAUACAGCUUUAUCUGGCACCAAUGCCUCCAGUCUUCCAAUGGCACCACCUGUUCAACGAUAAAUUGUUGCAUAUCCCCAUGUACACUUACACAUACAUAUACAGCUACAAGAUAUAUAUAGAAAUAUCUAAAUGUUCUUUGAAAUUGAGUCUGACUCGACCCAUUUAUAGGCAUGACUGUUCAUACCUCACCAAAUUUUACACAAGUCUCAAAUAUAUUAAAAAAUUUUUAUGAAAUUACUUGCAUAAAUCAAGUAUGUACAACUUGCCUAACUGGAAUAAUCCCUAUAAGAUCAGAUUUCUGAUAUAAUAGUUUGUUAAAUGUAACAAAUUGCAACAUUUAUCAGUCUAGUCUAUUCUGUUAUAUGUACACAUACAACAUAACAUACAUAUGUACGUAUUCACAUGUACAGUCGUUCUCUUUUACUAAUUUUUACUGAGAACCAUACACUAUGAUAUCGUACGGCAUUUUAUUGUUCUACCAAUGCAUAAGAUAUGUCGUGUGGAAGCAGAGGUAGCAUUUAGUUGACCAAAAAACAAAAUACCAGACUUGUUUGCUGUGCAUAGACAGCGGUGCGAGAACUUGCAAUAUACUAUUAUUUAUAGUAGAUAAUACACAAUCUGUUGCGCGUAGUGUUAUUACAUCGCGUAUGUUAUUAUCUUCUUUAAUACAUCUUGUCAGUUGUAAUUUCGAGUGAAGGAAUAAAAGAUACAACACUAA